AGGGAGGACUGUCAGCAAGAAGUCCUGAGAUAUAUGUAAUAAUAAAUCCAAUAGGUUGAAGAGAGGUCAGACAAGGCUGAAACUGAAGACAGAAUCUACAUGAUAUAUUCGGAAUGAGGAAUUCCUAUAGUUGUCACUUGUUCAUCACACCGGAUGUGCGCUUUGAUUGUAAAAACAAAAUCUCUCUGGACGAACCUUUUGAAUUUUUUUGUGGGGGUGGUGGCAGUGCACAAUUGAGCUGUUAAGCGUCUGUAAAUUGAAAGUUAGCCAGCUGUACAGGACAGAAUAUGGUAAUUAUCAAUGGGUCUAAGUUGAAAGCUCAGAGUUCUCCGUAAAGUGGUUAAUCCCCAUUAUUGUGUAAGAGUUGGAUUGUUCAGUUGAUAGGUUCUCAUCACAGAAGAACUGAUCGCAUAGAAGUAUGGGAUAAUCUUACCAUUGAGCAGCUGCCACCAUGAUGAAUAUCAUCCAAUAUUGCGUUGACAACAAAAGCGAAGGAGAAUUGAAAGCUCGGAAAAGUUUAUGAAGUCUGCUAGCGCCGUCGGUUAGCGCAAGUCCCUUAGUCGGCACGCUAAGGGCCACGUCAUGUGAUGUAUCGGAAGGUGGCGGAAUGUUGACUCGCACUCCCCGAAUCGUUUCUUGUUCAAACAACCUUACGUUUACCUUGGUGAACAUAAGGUGUAUCAAUCAUGGCUCCAUCCGGUGGAAUAUGGGCUCCUAUAGCCUUGAAUGUUAUGAAGAAUGCCAUACGGGCAUCACAUCUUAUCAGGAAGCGCCUCGCAGAGGCAGCCCAGCGCACUGCGACUGCUUCGUCGGAGCCACUCCCAAUUCUUGUUCGAAACACCCCAAGACACCCCAUCAGCAAGGCAGCCUGGCUGCGCCAGAGCAAGGGAAGAUGGUACACAACGCACAGCACGAUCAACGCCACCGUCCGGCGCUUUAUGAGUACCGGCUCUGCGAAUGGCGUCAAAUUCGAUCGGUCUUCGUUCCCCAAGUCUGCCAUCGGCACGACCAUUCUGCGCUCCACCACCCGCGCUCCGUUCCGCUCGACACUGCGCCCAAACCUUACGGGUGGCGCUCUCCCCAGAACUGCAGGCGGAUACAGCCUCGGAGGCGGACGAACAGGCGGAGCAAGAUACUUCUCUCACACCCCCGCCGCACCAGCGCAGGUCGUGAACAAUGUCUCCGCCGCCGUCCGCGCCUUCUGGCUCUCCGGCCACAAGGCCCAGUUCGACGGACUCACCGAACGUGGUGACAAGCGCUACCGCACUAUCAGCGCGCUACAGGACGAGACGAGCCGCAAGAUGUCAUCUGUCACCAAGGCCCUCCCCGGCGCCUUCGUUGACUUCCACUUCAACCCCACCGUCACGGCACUCAGCCCCCUCGCCGCCGCCCUGCCCACCACACACUUCACCGAAGCACCAACACUAAACACCGACGGCUUCCUCGACGUUCUCUCCGUCGACUUCGCACGUGCCCUCAAGGACUUCGCAGCUAUCAUGAAUGACCUGAAGCGGCUAUCCGCGCUCGGCGACCUCAGCGUGACUCUCGAGCCCGGCUCGAUCCUGCGCGUCCGCUUCCCCGGCUGCGAUGCCGACACCGUCGAGCGCCUCUGCGACGAGAUAGGCGUGCGUCGCGGGAUCAUUCAGCAGGAUCCCGAUUUCGAUGCCAGUUAUGGGGGUCAGGUGGCGCUGCUCUUUCCGUUCGCGAGUACCACUGAUAAGGCACUGUCCAGUCCUGGAGGGUCUUUGAGGUCGCAGACGGGCCAUGAGUUAGAGUAUGACCAGCUCAGCGAGUAUAAGGAAUUUGACGAGUUUGGCGAUAAUCCGUGGCUCUCGUCGCCGGAUGGAUAUGAGACCAUGGAGGAGCUGAGCGAGACGGAGAGUAUAUAUUUUGGACAGGGGGGUAGUCGGAGUCUUAGUCGGCAUGAUCAGGAUGCGGGUUAUGUGGAGGGCAUCUAUCGGUUCAUUGAGACUUGCGAUGGUGCCAGGAGGAUGUGAUGUGUUAUACUAUUGGGCUUACUUUUUUCCUUUGUUUGAUGGGCGAAUAGGGGGUCGGGGGCUUGGGUCCGGUGUUUUAACGGGCUGUCUAAGCCGUCGUCACUCUCUACUAUGGCUUUUCUAUGCCGAUUUUGAUAUUUUUUACCAUGUAUCUAUCCUCUGGUGAGGUUUUAGGGAUGGUAUAUCCAAUCGCUAAAUUUAUAUUUGAGAUGACCGGU